AUGCCACCAACCGAGAAGUCGUCCAUCGGCAGAGAGCAGCCCGAUGCUCUUCGGACCGAAAUGUCAAAAGACUUGGACAAGCCCGAAAAGAGUCCCCAAGCGGACAGCGAGUCGAUCACAUCUGCUCUGGGCGUGGGCGACAACGACGAUGCGUCGUUCGAACAGCAAGGCAGCGACCUUGAAAAAGCCAUCACCCAAGCAAGCCAUACCAGCCACGAGCCCGCAACACGUAUCGUAACUGCAGUCGACUGGACGGGGCCCGACGACAAAGGAAACCCCAUGCUCUGGCCAUUGUGGAAGAAAGGAUAUCAGACGAUGGCCAUAGGUAGCCUGGCGUGCGCAAUCACCAGCGGAUCCUCGCUCAUAUCCCCUGCCACAUUGGAAAUUGCAGAGCAAUUUCAGGUCUCUCGAACAGUGGCCCUGCUCCCUCUGACGCUGUAUCUGCUGGGCCUGGCUCUCGGGCCGGUCAUCGCAGCUCCCAUCUCCGAGACCUACGGGAGAACCAUCGUCUACAAGAUCACAGCACCACUGUUCUUGCUCUUCCUUGUAGGCGCCGGGUUCACCAACUCGCUGGCAGGCCUGCUUAUCUGCAGGUUGUUGGCUGGCACGGCGGGGUCUCCUUGCCUGGCUGUCGGCGCUGGUUCCACUGCUGACAUUUUUGCGCCUCACACACGUGCGCUAGCUUCUUCACUCUUCAUCAUGAUGCCCUUCCUCGGCCCCUCGAUCGGCCCUGUCAUCGGCGGCUUCGCAGCCCAGUACAAAGGAUGGAGAUGGACGCAAUGGUGCACCAUCUUCAUCGGCGUGGCAGCCUUCGCCCUCGUCCUCCCACUCCAGGAAACGUACAAGAAAGUCAUCCUCACCAGACGGGCGAAAAAGCUUGGAGUACAAGGCCCGCCUCAGUCUCCGGAAAAGGGUUGGGCUUACGCCAAGAAGAUGCUGACCAUCACACUCCUCCGACCAGUUCACAUGCUCUUCUCCGAACCCAUCGUGCUCUUCCUCAGCCUCUACAACGCCUUUUGCUUCAGCGUGCUGUACGCCUUCUUCGCGGCAUACCCAUACACCUUUGAGUCAGUGUAUGGCUUCAAUACUUGGCAGUCGGGGUUGACGUUCUUGGGAGUGCUGGUUGGAGUUCUCUCGGCGGUGGCCACGACCAUGGUGAUUGACAGGCAGAUCUACAUGAAGAUAUAUCGGAGGACCUUGGGAGAAGGCAAGACGCUUGUAGCGCCAGAACAUCGGUUAUACCCUGCGAUGGCAGGAGCAUUUGGCGUGCCAGUAGGCAUUUUCUGGUUUGGCUGGUCCGCCCAUCCGUCAGUACACUGGAUCUCCCCGAUCCUUGCUGGCAUUCCGUUCGCGUGGGGCAAUCUAUCCAUCUUCAUAUCCUCCGCCCUCUACCUGAUCGAUGUGUACGGACCCCUGAACGGCGCAUCGGCCAUGGCGGCGAAUGGUCUUGCCCGCUAUGGCCUGGGCGCGGUUUUCCCGCUCUUCACCUUCCAGAUGUACGAGCGACUGGGCAUUGACUGGGCUACCAGCCUUCUAGGCUUCAUCGCCAUUGGCUUCCUUCCGAUACCCUGGGUGUUCUUCAAGUAUGGCCCAACGAUCCGGAGUAAAAGCGCGUAUGACACCAUAAAGGUCUGA